AUGAAGAACAAAAGAGAAGAGAAAAAAGAAGAAGAGAAAGAAUCGUUUUACGACGCGCUCGGGGUGAAGAAUACCAGAGAUCUCUCCGAGAAGACUCUGGAACGCGCGUAUAAGAAAUGCGCGUUGAAAUACCAUCCAGAUCGUCCGAAUGGAAACGCCGAGAAAUUUUUGAGAUGUACGAAAGCGUUCGAGACUUUGAGAGAUACAAAUUUAAAAGCUAUUUACGAUAAGUACGGCGAGGAAGGGUUAGAGCCUGGGUUUGUGCCGCCCCAGCAGCAGCAAUUUCAGCAGCAGCAGCCUUUUGGUGGGUUUCAGCAGCAGAGGGAAUGGGCGGACCAACAGAGACAACAAAGGCAAGAGCGAUACGCGAGGAGAAAAUUUGGUUUCGAUACAACUGGUGGAACAGGAGCGAGAACGACGAGUUUCGGGAUGGACGAAGCCAUGCGAAUGUUUAAGGAGCACUUUGGUGAUAUGGAUUUCGGGAGUGAAUUUGGUGGUGGUGAUGUAGGAGGUGCUACCAAUAAGCGGGGGCGAAGAGACGCGAAUGGCGCGCCAAUGCCUCCAGACGCGAGCGAAGGAGAUCGAGUGUUUGAGUUUGAGUGCACGUUGGAGGAAUUGUAUCACGGGUGCUCGAAACAGCUUCGAAUACCACCAACAAAAGGUUUGCAAGAAGAGAUAGUGGACUUGAACAUCAAGCCUGGAUGGAAAUCUGGAACAAAACUCACGUAUUUUGGUCGCGGUGCGCCGGCGAGAGACGGCAGGAGAGGGAAUUUAGUUUUGAUUUGCAAACAAGUUCCACAUCCCAUUUUUAGGCGCGCGGAUAAAGGAAACGAUUUGGAAUUCGACGUGCGUUUGCCUGUUUCCCGAGCGCUGUGCGGUUUUCGAGCGACCGUGAAAGGACUGAACGGUAAAUCUUUCGAGUUUGAUACGAGGGAAGUAUCGACUCCGGGAAAAACAUACGUGGUGAAAGGAAAAGGCAUGCCGGAUCAACACGAUGCUAAGAUCAUCGGCGAUUGCGUCAUUCGAAUCACGGAAGUAAUCUUUCCAAAGAGUCUUGCCGACAAUCAACGAGUUGGAUUGAAACAAGCAUUUAACGGCAUCGAUAUUGAAGGAGUUUAA